CCCACAUGGGCUAGGUCCGGCUGCGGAGCCUCGGGUGGCCGGGCCGGGCCGGGCCGGGCCGGGCCUCGCCUCCAGCAGAUGGCGCUCCUGGGCAGCCGCCCGAGUGUGUGACUGAAUGAGCGCAGGGGGAAACGAGCUCGGCGAGCUUUAAGUGAGCCUCCGUUCCACCCUCUUUCUCUCUGUGUCUGUCUGUCUGUCUGCGUGCGGGAGGCAGGCUGAGACUGUCCGCUUGCCUUCGCCACAGCUCCAGCAGCAUGGCAGUCUCGGCCAAGCACAGGGGCAGUGCCCGGCCACGGGGCUCUCCUUCCAGCUACCUGUGGCUCUGCAUUUGCUGCGGGCUCUACCUCCUGCCGCCGGUUCCGUUCGGGGCCGGGCUGAGCCCCGGGAGCUCAGCGGGCGCCCGCGUCGUGCGGCAGGCGCACGGCGGCGGCGGGCAAGCCGGCUGGCUCGGCGAUCCAGUCCGGGAGAAGCGGUCAGCUCCGCCGCAGGACGCGGCUCUGCUCAGCACCUCGUUCAUCCUCCGAGGAGACGCUACGCACAACCAGGCGAUGGUGCACUGGACGGGAGAGAACAGCAGCGUGAUCCUGAUUCUAACCAAGUUGUUCGAUUCGAGUAUGGGGAAAGUUUUGGAAAGUUCUUUGUGGAGGUCCUCAGACUAUGGAACUACCUAUAUAAAACUGAACUUGCAGUCUGGCACCACCAACAUAAUUAGCAAUUUCUACAUUUGCCCUGCCAACAAGAAGAAGGUCAUUCUUGUGAGUUCAUCAAUAAAUGAUCAUGAUCAGAGCCUCUUUCUGAGUACUGAUGAAGGAGCGAACUUUCAAAAGCAGCAAAUUUUCUUCUCUGUGGAAAAUCUGAUGUUUCAUCCAAAGGAACAAGAUAAAUUGCUCGUGUACAGCAAGGAGGGGCGACUGUAUUUUUCUGUUGACCUUGGAAAGAAAUGGGAGUUACUGCAGGAACGUGUCACAAAGGAGCGAUUUUUUUGGUCUAUUCCCGGAGUUGAUAGUGAUCCUGACUUAGUGCACAUGGAAAUUCAGGACAGCAGUGGAGCUUUUCUUUAUAUCACCUGCCAAAUUACAAACUGCACAGAAAAAGCUCUGAAAACCCAUUUCCCUGGAAGUAUAGACCAGAAUUCGCUGCUUAUCAAUGACGACUACGUUUUUGUUCGGGCAACCUUUGGAAAUCGGACAAAAUAUUUUGUUUCUUAUCGACGGGCUGAGUUUAUUCAGAUGAAGUUACCCAAGUAUGCCUUACCAAAGGACGUGCAGAUCAUCAGUACAGAUGAAAAUCAGGUGUUUGUGGCUGUCAAGGAAUGGCAUCAAACAGACACAUAUAAUCUCUACUUGUCAGACCCGAAGGGGGUGUACUUCACUCUCGCUCUAGAGGACGUCAGAAGUACCAAACAACCAGAAGAAAAUGUUAUAAUCGAUAUUCAUGAGGUACAAGGAGUUAAAGGAGUUUUCCUGGCAAAUAGAAAAGUAAAUGGUAAAGUGAAAACUUACAUCACUUACAACAAAGGUCAUGAUUGGCAAUUAUUGACUCCACCUGCAACUGAUAUGAAUGACAAGCCAACCAGCUGUCAUCUGCCGGACUGCUCUGUCCACCUGCACUUGCGCUGGGCUGAUAACCCUUAUGUAUCGGGCACUGUUCACACCAAAGAUACUGCACCAGGACUUAUUAUGGGAGCAGGAAACUUGGGCGCCCAGCUGGUUGAAUAUAAGGAAGAUAUGUACAUAACCUCCGACUGUGGCAAUACGUGGAGGCAGGUAUUUGAGGAAGAACAUCACAUUCUGUACCUCGAUCAUGGUGGAGUUAUUGUCGCCAUCAAGGACACCUCAAUCCCCCUAAAGAUACUGAAAUUCAGUGUAGAUGAAGGACAUACUUGGACAACACACAAUUUUACCAGCACUUCAGUCUUUGUAGAUGGACUCUUGGGUGAACCAGGGGAUGAAACACUUGUUAUGACGAUCUUUGGCCACGUCAGCUUCCGCUCAGAUUGGGAACUGGUAAAAGUGGACUUCAGACCAUUGUUCCGCAGACAGUGUUCGCCCAGUGACUAUGACUCCUGGGACCUAAUGAAUCAGGAUAAGCAUUGCAUCAUGGGAGAGAAGAGACAGUUCCGCAAGCGAAAAAUAUCGUCAUGGUGCAUUAAGGGGAAGGACUUUACUUCAGCGCUUUCAUCAAAACCUUGCCAGUGCACAGAAUUUGACUUUGAAUGUGAUUAUGGAUUUGAGCAGCAAAGUAAUGGUAGAUGUGUCCCUGCUUUCUGGUACAACCCAGAUUCCCCUUCUGAGGACUGUAAGUUGGGACAGUUGUACACCAGAAGCUCUGGUUACAGGAAGGUGACACUCAACAUCUGUAAAGGUGGUUUGGACAAAAGGCAAGGCUCCAUGCAGUUCCGAUGCCCACUAAUGGCUCCCAGAGGGCUCCGGAUAGUCACAAAAGGAGAAAGACUAGCUGUCAACCCUGGCGAUGAUGUUACAUUCUUGAUAUCUCAGAGUCAGGGUGAUACGUUAAACACCACUUAUCAGGUGAAUCUUGGAGAUGGUUUUAAGGCGAUUUAUGUGAACCGCACACUGGUGGAUGAACCAAUUCAACACAGAUAUGAGAAACCAGGAAUCUACCGUGUCUCUGUCAAAGCAGAAAACAUUGCAGGCUCUGACGAAGCCAUGGUUUACAUUCAGGUGAACUCUCCAUUACAGUUUGUGCAUCUGGAGGUAUUGCCAGUUGUCCGUAGGAACCAGCAAGUGAAUCUGACAGCGUUAGUGCAGCCCAGUAACUCCAACCUCACAGUCUUUCAGUGGUGGCUGGGAGAUAGCCUUGAGCCUCAUCUCACUCUGGAAAACAGUUUAAUAACCAGCUUUAGUGAGAACAGUCAGAUUAAAGUCACAGUCCAGGCUUCCAGUGGUAGUUCCAUGGUUCAGGACUCGAAGGUGGUGAGGAUAUUUGAUCAGUUGGAAGUCCUGCCUCUGGAGUUUUCUCAGAAUAUUGAUAGUUACAACCCUAAUGUGCCGGAAUGGAGAGAAGAUAUUGGGCACGUUAUAUCAAGGAUUUUAGCAGAGACAACAGGUAUCCCUGAGGAAUUACUGCUGACGGUGGUCAGAAUAGGUUUACCCACCACAGCAGAACUGUACCUGCUCCCGCCACUGGAAAAACCAAAGAGGAGAAGGAGCACAACUACUGACAAGGGGAUUGAUUCUUUAAUAGAAGCUCUGACAGAAAGCCAAGUCAAAAUUUCUCUGAAACCAGGGGUUGAAGUGGCUGUUACACUGGCAGAUUACAGAGCCGUUUCCCAGAAGAGCAUUGGAGGAAAAGGCCUGUGGGUUAUAGUGAUUAUGUUCGUAUUGUGCCUGUUAAUUGUUGGCGCUUUCGUUUUGCGCAAGUUGAAAAGGAAGAUACCUGGGCGGAAUGUUUAUGCUCAAAUGCAUAAUGAAAAGGAGCAGGAAAUGACUAGUCCUGUCAAUCACAGUGAAGACACACAGAACAUCAUCCAAGGGGAAGAAUAUAUUGAUGAUGAUUUGGAUUCCCAGAUGCUAGGUAUCGGAAGAGGUGGACACUCUGCUGUAGUUCUCAGCAUCAACUCCCGGGAAACACACAAUUAUUUGAGCAGCUGAUGUUUGCUCUGGAUGAUGGAUUAAGACUCAGCUCCAUUUUAUUUUGUUGUUCCUGGGGAUGAGAGGAAGUGAGGCAGUGAAAUGAACUUCAGUGUGCUGAUGGGACAAUGGGCAAUCUUGCCUCCAAGAAUUACAAAGUCUCUAAGUAUUAGUGUGUUAAAGACACUUUUACAGAGAGAAUGGAUUCACUAGUCAGACCCCUGAAGCUCUCACUGCCACGCCAAGACCUGUAUCCUCCUGUGAAUGAGUCCUGCCAGGAAGAAGAGCCCUGCCUUCAAUAAGUUGCUGUCUGAGUCUCUCCCUUUCCCCCUCUUGCAUUCUUUCUGAGAAAAGAAAAUCAUAUUGCAUAGUAUUUUCAUGUUCCACUAUUUCCAUUCCACUCUAAUGUUUUUACAUCUAAAUUAGUUUUUGAAGUGUUUUUAUAAAGAAGUAAAUAUGCUGUUAAUCCUCACUUAGAUUGUCAAUUUAAUUAUAUCAAACAAGUAAGAGCAAUUUUUAUCUCCACCACCUUUAGAGAACCUGUCAAUUAACAGGAAGAAAAUUACACGUUUUCAGUGGACUACCUUCCCAAAUGAGACCUUUCACAACAUUUAGCUCGUCGGUUUCUAGCUCAUUCUUACACUUUAUUAAUCAUUCAUGAAUUUUAAUUAAUUCUCCAGUUAAUUUCCAUAUUUUUUAAACUUUCCUUGAAAUCUGCAAAAGCUGUUUAAAGUUGAGAGAUUUGUACUGAUCGGUGAAAGAGCAGGAGAUUGAGGCUCUCUGGAAGGCUCAUUUCAAAGAGCUGCCACAGGCACGUUGGGCUGAUGGACUCCUACUAUUCUGUAUGAUCAUGCUUUUGAAAAUUGCAAGUGUUUGCUGACUACCCUUUGAAUACUUUUUUUUUAAUUCACCAUUUAUAGUUGAGAAAAAUAGAGAUCUUGAAUUGCCAGGUAAAUAAUUGGAAGUGAACAUAUAGGUGAAAAGAAAGUGCAUUAGAAUAUUGGAUAGCACCAUUAUUAUGAUCAAGGUGCUUAAAAUGCAAAUAGAUUUGACUAGGACACAAGCAGUGAAGCUACUUUCCAUUUGGGAGUUAUCUAGAACGUGGUGUGUAGAAGUGAAAUCAGCAAGUCUUUCACUCAGGUGGAAUGGACUCUGUGAGACAAAUGGAUCUCUCUAACAGAGACUCAUAGGUUUUAUAUGAUAAGGAUACAAUGUGAACUGAAUCAGGAGAUCAAAACGGUUUUGAGGUUCAUAAUCAGACCUGAAUGAUAGAAAGGGGCCAUGUGGUUGAAUGACCCCUCUUGUUCCUAAUUUUUCUAUGCUGAGAUGUGAUACACCACUGAAGCAGUUAAUAUGAUCUUCUCUGAUAUUAACUAUAUUAACAUUUUUAUAGUGCUUUUCAAAUUAAUCCUCACUGUUUGGUGAGUAUGCAGUAUACUGUAGACUGUUGCUAAAGGCAAUAGUAUUAAAAAUAACCAAGCUUGAAGGGAUCCCUGGGGGAAUGUCCCAUUAUUUUCACUGUCAGCAUAUUUAAACAUUGCAGGUGAAAAUGAAAGGUGCUUUUCACCUGUUUGGGGGUGUGCAGUUGUUAAUAUUGGUGUGUUGUCUAGUGUACUAUCAGUUCUUGUGGCAUUGAAAAAUCUCGUCCAAAAGAUCCUGCAGUGGAGCCUGUUUUAUUUAACAUUAAUUAUAUGUGCAUGUCCAUCAAUGAUUGCUUCAACAUCAUAUGCAGAUUUCCAUGUGUAUUUGGGCUGAAAUGGCUGACCACCUGAUAUUCUUUCAUUAUGUCACUGUGUAGUUGUCUUUUCCAUUUUGUUUUGCCAUGCCAUUUUGUGACCCUUGUAGACCUACUAGCUGAAACGAGUGAAGAAUAUUGUUCACUUACAUUUCUACAUAUUGUGUUAUACCCUGCAUUCCAACGACACUAACCGUAGGGUUCACUUUUUGGUGCUAGACUUAUUAUAUUACUGUCCCUGUCUAAAAAUGUCUUCCUGCGUUGCCUAUUUUUGAAUUAUUGUACUUAUUGCUAAAUCUCCCUUCCUCCCUUGGGCAUUUUCUGCUACUGCCCUGCCGUGAUCAGUCUGCUCCCAUUUAAUCUACUAUCCUUAAUUCACAGUAAAUUUAUUCACAGAAAAUACAAAGAAACACAGGAGAAUCAAUGAUAAACAGGCAGUGUGCAACAAGUUGUGCAAAUACAUAAAGGAAAAGCACAAACAAAAUAAUAAUGAUAAGUAGGCAAUAAAUAUCAACAACAUGAGAUGAAGAGGUGAAGACAAGAUGAGGGCUUGUGAAAGUGGAGUGAAUGUGAACAGCCCUGUUGCAGUGCAGUAUAGCAUCAGAACCAGUAAUUAUAUGUGACAACAGUUGGUUCAGCAGCAUGUUUUACUGAAGCCUGUCUACCCAGAAAUGGAGAAAAUACAAGCAUCCUGAAAUAGAAAUGUCUGUUACAUCAAUCUUAGACAUGCCUUGAGUGCUGUGUUUAAAUAAACUUAGACUACCUUAUUCUUCUCUAUUGGUUGUUACUCCAGUAAGGUCUCUUUGCUCACAGUCAUCUCUUUCAGUUAAGGAGAGUCAAAAGUUACAAAGAAAGCACUUCCUCAUUGUGACAUUACUAGGACUAACUGGCCAAGAGCAAAAUAUUCAGCUGAUGGAAAUACUCAGCAGGUCAAGCAGCAACUACGAAAUGAAAAAUGAAAGUAAUGUUUCAGGUGAUAGUAAAAACUAUCACCUUGGCUCACAUGAAGUCCAUUCUUUCAUUUGUUCCUUCCUCCACUUAGUCCUUCUCUGAGUUAUCAAACAUUGCUUAUCUCUCCCUAAGUCAGUUGUCGACUUAAUGAAUGCGAUUGGCUGAAAGGCUCAUUGGUCUGUCGUAGAUUGCCCGGCUUUUGAAAAUCCACAGUACUGAGUCUUUUAGAAACUUAUUGAUUGAUGUCAUGUGGAUGUUAAACAUGAGCUGUAAAAGGUACAUUUUCAGAUAGUUGAUAUAGGUCUGAGAUAAGGCAUCCUUGAAGUCUCUCUAGUCCUGUCUCAAAAUGUGCUCUAACUUGAUCCCAUUCAGUUGAGGAUCUCCUGUUAAUGAUGCUGGUAAAACCUCAAAAAAGUUCAAAGUAAAUUUUAUUAUCAAAGUAUAUGUAAGUUACUAUAUGCUGCCCAGAGACAAGAAGUAAAAGAGCCAGAAUGCAGGAAUGACAGAAGUGUCCUCCCUCGAUCAGUUGCAUUCCUCUGGAUAAAAAUGUAGCAACAGGGUCUGCUUUCCCAAGGCUAAGGAGAGUAGGGGGGCAUCAGAACCCGGCUCUUGGUUGGAUUACAGAUGUGAGAAGUGGAGAGAGUGGGAGGCUUGUGGGAAUAAGGGAUUGCAAUCUGGGGGAUGUGGGAGAUUGGGUGCCCUGAGAUGAAAAGAUCACCUGGAAGAAGAGGUAGGUGAAAGAAGCAGAACCGAUAGCAAAGAUGGUGGGAGUGUGGGGAUGGACACAGAGUUAUCCCGAUGGUGGGAGUGCGGGGACGGACACAGUGUUAUCCCGAUGGUGUGAGUGUGGGGAUGGUCACUGUGUUAUCCCGAUGGUGGGAGUGUGGGGAUGGUCACUGUGUUAUCCCGAUGGUGGGAGUGCGGGGACGGACACAGUGUUAUCCCGAUGGUGGGA